AUGUUUUCAAAAGUAGUACCUUGGCAACGGGUUACAAGCAGAUGUUUUAAUUGUUCGGGUACUGUCCUUCUUCGAAAUGCUUCAUCAUCAUCAAGCAGCAAACAACAAUUUGAUCUUGUUGUAAUUGGUUCUGGACCUGGAGGAUAUGUAGCAGCUAUUAAAGCUGCCCAACUUGGUCUUAAAACAGCAUGUGUUGAAAAGAAUGCAACAUAUGGUGGAACAUGUCUUAAUGUUGGUUGUAUACCUUCAAAAGCAAUGUUACACAAUUCUCAUUUGUUUCACAUGGCUCAGCAUGGUGAACUUAAAAAACGAGGCAUUGACUUCCAAGAUGUAUCACUUAAUUUACCUGUAUUUAUGAAACAAAAAGAAGAUGCUGUUAAAAAUCUUACUAAUGGUGUAGCUUAUUUAUUUAAAGCCAAUAAAGUAACUGGUAUUCGUGGUUAUGGAACAGUAAGUGGCCCUGGACAAGUCACUGUAAAAAAAGAAGAUGGCUCAAAUGAAACUCUUAAAGCUAAAAAUGUUCUAUUAGCUGUUGGUUCUGAAGUAACACCAUUUCCAGGUAUUAAUAUUGAUGAAGAAACUAUUGUUUCAUCCACUGGCGCUCUUUCACUUAAACAAGUACCUAAAAAAAUGGUUUUAAUUGGUGCUGGUGUUAUUGGACUUGAAUUAGGUUCUGUAUGGAGUCGUUUAGGUGCAGAUGUAACAUGUGUAGAAUUUUUAUCUCAUAUUGGUGGUAUUGGUAUUGACAUGGAAAUAAGUAAAGCUUUUCAAAAAAUUCUAACAAAACAAGGUCUCAAAUUUAAACUUGAUACAAAAGUAACUGGAGCAGAAAAAUCUAAUGGAAAUAUUCGUGUUAAUGUUGAAGGAGCUAAAGGUGGUAAUAAUGAAGCACUUGAUUGUGACACUUUACUUGUAUGUAUUGGUCGACGACCUUAUACAAAAGAUCUUGGACUUGAAAGUGCUGGUAUUAAAUUAGAUCAACGUGGACGUAUUGAAGUUGAUAAAAAUUUUCAAACAUCAUGCAAAGGUGUAUAUGCUAUAGGUGAUUGUAUUCAAGGACCUAUGUUAGCACAUAAAGCUGAAGAUGAAGGAAUUGUUUGUGUAGAAGGUAUUGUUUCGGGUCAUGAACCACAUAUAGAUUAUAAUUGUGUACCAAGUGUUAUAUAUACAUCACCUGAAGUAUCAUGGGUUGGCAAAGCUGAAGAACAAUUAAAACAAGAAGGAAUUAAAUAUAAAAUUGGCAGAUUUCCUAUGAGUGCUAAUAGUCGUGCUAAAACAAUAAAUGAAGCUGAAGGUUUUGUUAAAGUAUUAUCAGACGCAAAAACUGAUCGAAUACUUGGAGUACAUAUGAUUAAUUCAGUCGCUGGUGAAUUGAUUAAUGAAGCAGCCCUAGCUAUGGAAUAUGGCGCAUCAUGUGAAGAUGUUGCACGUGUUUGUCAUGCUCAUCCAACAUGGUCGGAGUCAUUGAAAGAAGCUAAUCUUCAGGCGUCUUUUGGUAAAGCAAUUAAUUUCAUCUAA